ACUUGCGGUUCAAGCUAGAGAAUGUCAUGGUUGAACUGAAACUUUGAACCAGCGGCUAGUAACAAAUUACGUAAAGUUCAUUUCGGCGCCACUUGCUUGCAUGCCUUAGCUUUUCACUUUUUCUGCUCCUUCCAGAAAAAUUGCAUUAUAAAUACCCCCAAACCGUUUCAACUUCCUCACCACCACAUUCAUCGCUCCUAGCUUCAAGUCUAGCUCCUCCUUCUCUCUCUAUAUCUGCAAAUUAAAAACCCAACGUACGUAGAGAGAAAAUGGCAAACUACUCUAGAAGCCUUUUUGUUCUCUCACUUGUCCUUGUCUUCAUGAAUGUCAACUUAGCCUUAGGCGCAACUGCUUCAGUCACUUACACUGUGACAAGUCUGGGAGCGAAUCCUGAUGGCAAGACCGACUCAACCAAAGCAUUCCUCUCUGCAUGGGCCAAAGCUUGUGUCUCCGCCAAGCCUGCUGUCAUUUAUGUCCCGGUGGGGAGGUUCUUGCUUCGCAAAUCGGUCUUCAACGGGCCAUGCAAUAGCGCCAUCACAUUUCAAAUUGCCGGCACACUCGUUGCCCCAUCAGAUUACUGGGUGAUAGGAAAUGCCGGUAACUGGCUUUUCUUUGAGCAUGUGAAUGGGGUUACCAUCUCCGGUGGUAUUCUUGACGGACAAGGCACUGGAUUGUGGGACUGCAAGGCCUCCGGCAAGGGUUGCCCCAAAGGAGCGACUACACUUGGUUUUUCCAAUUCGAACAACAUUGUGAUGAAUGGAGUGUCAUCCCUAAACAGCCAAAUGUUUCACAUAGUGAUCAACGGCUGCCACAACGUGAAAAUGCUAGGUGUUAGGGUUUCUGCCUCUGGCAACAGCCCCAACACAGAUGGCAUUCACGUUCAAAUGUCUACCAGUGUCACUAUUCUCAACUCCAAAAUUGCCACGGGAGAUGAUUGUGUUUCAAUUGGCCCCGGCACCAGUAAUUUGUGGAUUGAAAACGUUGCAUGUGGUCCUGGGCAUGGAAUUAGCAUUGGGAGUUUAGGCAAGGAGCAAGAGGAAGUGGGAGUGCAAAACGUAACAAUUAAAACAGUUACAUUCACCGGUACUCAGAAUGGGGUGAGGAUCAAGUCAUGGGGUAGACCCAGUACUGGGUUUGCCAGGAACAUUAUUUUUCAACAUGCUGUAAUGGUCAAUGUCAAAAAUCCUAUUGUUAUUGAUCAAAAUUACUGCCCAGACGAAAAGCAUUGCCCUGGUCAGGUCAGAUAUCACCACGAGGAGUCUGGAGUUCAAAUUAGCGACAUUAUGUACCAAGACAUUCACGGCACAUCAGCAGCAGAAGUUGCCGUGAAAUUCGAUUGCAGCUCCAAAUAUCCUUGUAACAAAAUCACAUUGGAGGAUGUUAAGCUCACUUACAAGAACCAAGCUGCUGAAGCUUCUUGUAGCCAUGCAGGUGGAACGGCUGAGGGUACGGUUCAACCUACAAGUUGUCUGUAGAAGAGGAAAUACACAGUUUGGUUGGUUUAUAGGAGUAACUUUGUCCCCUACGAGACAAGAAGAAGGAGAAUUAUACUAAAUUUUUAGAGGAUUAUUUUCAGUAGAUGCAACUCGUUAAGUACGUAGUUGAUUGAGCCUGUCGCGUUGGAAGCCCAUUAAUUGGGUUUCUACGAGCCUAGCCUAUCCUAUAUCCUUGCAAAUUUGCUAGUUAAUCAAGUUGUCUGAACAAAUCCAUUGUUGAGAACUUGUUUCAGCAUAUGAAUGCUAUAGUAAUUAUUUUUCAGUGUAAUGGUCGAUCAUAA